AUGUUCUUCUCAAAAGCCGGAAAAACUGCUGUUGAAUGGAUAAAGGGAGUUCCGUACAAAGAUUUGGCGCAUACUUUAGAAAAAAUCGAAGAAUUAUCGGGUAAAAAGAAAAUUGAUGAACUCGCACAGUUUUUCAAAAAGGUACUUGAAUUAUCGCCUUCAGAUAUCACCGCAUGUGUCUAUUUAUCAGUAAAUCAACUAGGACCUUCUUAUGAGGGACUGGAACUUGGAAUCGCAGAAAACUCUUUAAUUAAAGCUGUCGCUUUGGCGACUGGAAGAAAAGAAAACAAAAUCAAAGAAGAUUUAAAGAACAAAGGAGAUCUUGGAACAGUUGCUCAACAAUCUCGAUCAAAUCAAAAAAUGCUAAUGGCUCCAAAGGCGUUAACUGUUCCAACAGUCUUCUCAAAACUCACCGAAAUUGCCAAACUAAGCGGGCAGUCCGCAAUGAACAAGAAAGUCGAUGUUAUAAGAGCAUUAUUGAUUGCAUGCGAAGGAAUUGAGGCUCGAUUUCUCGUUCGAAUGUUGGCUGGAAAAAUGAGAAUUGGUCUCGGUGAGCAGAGUGUGCUUUCAGCGCUUGGUCAUGCUUUAACCUAUCAAAGUAUUGGAGAUAACAAGUUGAAAGGAGACCAACUAGAUGCAUUGAAAGAAGAAAAUGUGAAGAGAGUGAAAACGGCUUACUGCGAAUGCCCAAACUAUGAUAAAAUCAUUGAAGUCGCGCUGGCCGAAGGGGUCGAAGCACUUCUUGAAAAAUGCAAACUAACCCCUGGUAUUCCGCUCAAACCAAUGUUGGCGCAUCCGACAAAAGGAAUCGACGAAAUCAUGCGUCGAUUCCGCAAUCAGGCGAUGACUUGCGAAUGGAAGUAUGAUGGUGAACGUGGGCAGAUUCAUAAAAACGAGAAUGGAGAUAUCUUCAUCUACAGUCGCAAUCAAGAGAAUAAUACCACCAAAUAUCCGGACAUUAUCGAAAAAGUUAACAGCUUCAUCAGCGAUGAUGUCAAAUCGUUCAUUAUUGAUGCCGAAGUGGUUGCGCUCGAUGAGAAUGGCCUAAUUUUGCCAUUCCAAAUUCUUUCGACAAGAAAACGAAAGAAUGCCACAGAUGAUAAUGGCGUUCGCGUCGGUGUCUUCCUAUUCGAUCUGCUUUAUUUGAAUGGAGAACCUCUAGUGAGGAAGCCGCUGAGACAUCGACGGGAAUUGCUUCGAAAAAGCUUCAAGAAAGUUGAAGGCACAUGCCAUUUUGCCACUUCUGUCGACACCACCGACACCGAUGAAAUCAACGCAUUCUUCGAUGAAGCUGUGCAGAAUAAAUGUGAAGGAUUGAUGAUCAAAACUCUGGAUGCUGAUGCGACAUAUGAAAUCUCGAAAAGAUCGCAUAGUUGGCUGAAAAUGAAAAAAGAUUAUGUUGAUGGCGUCGGAGAUACAUUGGACCUUGUUGUAAUGGGUGCUUAUAAUGGAGUUGGUAAACGAACCGGUGUUUAUGGUGGAUAUCUUCUUGGUUGCUAUAAUCCUGAAUCAGAGGAAUAUGAAAGCGUUUGUAAGAUUGGAACGGGUUUCUCCGAUGAAGAUCUCGGCGAGCAAUUCAAGCUUCUGCAAGACAAAAAAGUUGACAAGGCACCUUCGUACUAUCGUUUCGAUCCAACCUUGAAACCAGACGAUAUUUUCUCGCCAAGUCUCGUCUUUGAAGUGAAAUGUGCCGAUAUUACCAUCUCGCCGAGGCAUAUGGCCGCUUCGUCGUUGACGCCGGAUGGCAAAGGAAUUUCGCUGAGAUUCCCAAGAUUUUUGAGAAUACGUGAUGACAAGAAUGCGGAAGACGCGACAUCGUCUGCGCAGAUACUCGAAAUGUACAAAAAUCAGGAGUUGAACGCGAACGCGAAAAUCGAGAAAGGUGACGAUGAAGCAGACUACUAUGGGAUUAUUAAGGAAGUCGAUGAUGAUGAGGAAAAAGCCGAUACAUCAACAUCGUCGAGUAAUAGCGCCAAAGAAAAUGUAGUGAAAUGUUCGCCGACGAAGAAGUCGCCGAAGAAGAGGAAAUCAUCACCUGCAAAAAAAGAAUUGAACGGAUCGGAUGAUGGAGUUGAAGAGCCAGCCGCGAAACGAUCUCGAGUAUCAAUCGAAUCGGAUUCGUAA